AUGGUUGGCCUUGUUCCCUUCGUGGGAGUUGCGUGUCUAAAAAUCCUCUUACCUGAAGAGAGACCGGUAUUAGGCUUGAAGCAGCUGUCGUUAAAGUGUUUACCACAAAUAAAGCGGAGUCUAGUUGAAGGUGACAGAUAUUCUGUCGACCGAUACGUACAGACCCCUGCCAAGAAAUCCAACCGCUGCCAUCGAACGCAACAUCAACAACCAGCUCCGCGCUCUCUAUCAAGAUCAAGUCAUCGACGCACUCACGUACUGUCCUCUGCACCCACCUGCAUACGCUUUUUUGGUCAACCAAAGAUACACAAGCCCGAUGUUCCACUCCGUCCCAUCGUGGCAUCCAGAGGUUCUCCGACAUACAACACAGCCAGAUAUCUCACCAAGAUCCUGCAACCACUUGUCGGUAACACCCAACAUCACAUCACCAACUCAAGCCAGUUCGUCAACAUAAUCAAAGACAUCUACUUCAGUCAAUCUGACAUUCUUGUCAGUUUUGACGUAGUCUCCCUCUUCACAAACAUACCAAAUAUAGAAGCAUAUGAUAUCCUCGUCACCUGCAUCUCCUCAUCCAGUUUCCGGUGGAGGGACCAGUUCUAUGAACAAACCUCAGGGGCCGCCAUGGGAUCUCCUCUAUCCCCGGUCCUUGCUGAUUUGUUCAUGGAAGAGUUUGAACUGGAUACCAUCGAGAACGCUGAUCUUCGCCCCAACCUCUGGCUCCGCUAUGUUGAUGACACCUUCGUGGUUUGGCCCCACGGAAAGACAGCACUUCGCCAGUUCCUGCAACACCUCAACUCUCAGCAUCCACUCAUCAAAUUCACCAUGGAGCAAGAAGAAAACAAGACCAUCUCUUUCCUCGAUGUCCAAGUCACCAGAAGAGAAGAUGGGACCCUUGCUCACACUGUACAUCGCAAGCCCACACACACCGACCGAUAUCUACACAGCUCUUCAUUCCACCAUCCUCGCUUCAAGUCUGCUGUCCAAAACACUUUGGUCCGCAGUGCGUUCAACACAUGCGACCAAGACACCUUGAAGCAGGAACUUCACCACAUCAAGACAUCACUACAACUCAACGGAUACAAGUCUUUUAACUUCAGCCAGCCCAAACCAAGCCUCUCACCUGAAGACAGACCAGAAUUCAAGGCAACCGUCACCAUCCCUUACAUCGGCCACGCAACACACCAACUUCAACGCAUCUUCAGCCAAGUACAAGUCAAGACCUUCCACACAGCACCCAACAAGAUACAAGCAUCUCUUCAAACACACAAGGACAAACAAGACACCCAAGGCAAGCCCGGCGUUGACCGGAUUCCCUGUGAAUGCGGUAAAGUCUACAUCGGGGAGACCGGCCGCAACAUCUACCAGAAUCAAGACUAA